AUGAGCAGGUGCAUUUUACCCGAGUGCCUGCCUCGUGCCUGCCUCGUGCCUGCCUCGUGCCUGCCUCGUGCCUGCCUCGUGCCUGCCUCGUGCCUGCCUCGUGCCUGCCUCGUGCCUGCCUCGUGGCUGCCUCGUGCCUGCCUCGUGCCUGCCUCGUGCCUGCCUCGUGCCUGCCUCGUGCCUGCCUCGUGCCUGCCUCGUGCCUGCCUCGUGCCUGCCUCGUGCCUGCCUCGUGCCUGCCUCGUGCUUGCCUCGUGGCUGCCUCGUGCCUGCCUCGUGCCUGCCUCGUGCCUGCCUCGUGCCUGCCUCGUGCCUGCCUCGUGCCUGCCUCGUGCCUGCCUCGUGCCUGCCUCGUGCUUGCCUCGUGCCUGCCUCGUGGCUGCCUCGUGCCUGCCUCGUGCCUGCCUCGUGCCUGCCUCGUGCCUGCCUCGUGCCUGCCUCGUGCCUGCCUCGUGCCUGCCUCGUGCCUGCCUCGUGCCUGCCUCGUGCCUGCCUCGUGCCUGCCUCGUGCCUGCCUCGUGCCUGCCUCGUGCCUGCCUCGUGCCUGCCUCGUGCCUGCCUCGUGCCUGCCUCGUGCCUCCAGUGCAACAAGGAACUACAUAG